ACUCUGACGCGUGAAAACAGAAACACGGAAGAUGUCAGUCAGACGUUCACAAGGUAACGAUUGUGUUUAGUAAGGUACAGUAGCCCUGGGGCCUCAUUUACACUCUCUAUAUUUGACAUCAUUGUUGGUUAAACGCUAAACGUAAGAUGGGAUGAGGGUGUUAUAAAUGAUGGCGCAAUAAAAACAAGUAGCGUUAGCUUAGCUGCUAAUAAUUUGUAAGCAAAAUAGGUUUUUUAAUCAGCUGCGGUCUGCUAACGCUAGCUAUAGUGUGUUACCAGCUGUGUGAUACGGCUCGCCAUCACUGCUGGAUGUUUUGAGGCCCUACUUUGAAGAAGGAAAAUGGAAGAGAUAAAAGCCGAACCUGUGGAUUUUGUGAAGGAAUUUCAAGAAUACCUGACCCAGCAAACCCAGCAUGUCAACAUGAUCUCAGGCUCUGUUUGUGGCGAAAAAGAGACAGCGGAGCAGUUUCAAGCCGUCCCAAGAUGUGAGCAAAAUGGUCUGGACCCCCCGUCUGUGGAGGUGAGCCUGUCAGUGGAGGAUGGAUCAGAUGGACAGAUGGAUGGCUUGGAGAGGACUUGCGAUGGAAAAUAUAAAUGCAGCUACUGCAGCUAUGCCAACAAGGGCAUGGCUCGUUUAAUAGAGCACAUCCGCAUCCAUACAGGAGAAAAGCCUCACCGCUGCCAGCUGUGCCCUUUUGCUUCUGCAUAUGAGCGCCAUUUGGAAGCCCACAUGCGCUCUCACACAGGAGAGAAACCAUAUAAGUGUGACCUCUGUGCAUUCCGAUGCAGUGACCGCAGCAAUCUGUCGCAUCACCGUCGUCGCCGCCACAAGCUUCUACCCACGAGGGUGGUCCGCCCUCCUUUCUCUAAUAAAAGAAUGUUGAGCACUUUGCAAAAAAGGGCAGGCUCGUUGGGAUUCAGCCGGCGACUCCUCAUCAAUUUCAGCCCUCCAUCCAUGGUGAUGCCAAAACCUGAUUAUCUGAAUGACUUGUCCCAUAAGAUCCACCAUCUGAAUAACAGUGAGUAUAAAAACCCUCCCAAGGUGGAUGAGAACGAAAACCACAACAGGAGUACUAAUGGUUUGGUAUAUAAAACCCCCCUGGACCAGCUGUCUACACUUGCUGGCCAGUUGGCCAGUCUUCAUCCUGAGUCUCAGACUCCUGCUUCUCUUGACAAAGAGUCCUUAAAGGAUGAGAAACCAAUCCUCAUACAGCAUGUCUCCAGUGAACAGGUUGCAGUGUGUUCAAAUGGAGUGCAGACAUCACCCCCUAAAGAAUCUCCCACCUCAGACCAGGAGAGUUGCAGCCCUGUUCCUGGCUUUGGUUUGGAGAGCAACAUGAAUAAUCUUACCAGGAGUGUUAGCAAUAGCCAACCAAGCACACCAACACCUGCUCCUACUAUACUGGACCAACAGCACCUUUACAAAUGCCAGCAUUGUGAUAUUCACUUUUCUGAUAAUAUACUCUAUACUAUUCACAUGGGCUGCCAUGGAUAUGAACAUCCAUUCCAGUGCAACAUCUGUGGACAUAUGUGCUUAGACAAAUACGAUUUUGCGUGCCAUUUUGCCCGUGGCCAGCAUAAAAAGUAAUUUGUAGCCUUAUGCUUUUGUUACUCAGACUUUUCUGUAUGAGAUUUUUGUUCAGUUUUCACAUUACAGAGGACUGAAUUGGAUUUCUUAGAAAAUAUACCAUAAUUAGAUUCUGAGGAGAAAGCGAUUUCUGGCCAAGCCUGAGGAUGUUGAGUAGUAUCAUCAUGAUUAUCAACAGCCCCCUAAUUAAAAGUUACAGUUGUCUUGGUUGCCAGUUGUUAUUUCAGUGCACUUUUGCACCUAAAGAAAUGUUCAUUUUAGAAUCUAGACCAAUUGACAAGCAAGCUGAAGCUAGCUUAGAAAUGUACCUGCCAUUUUAUAUCACUGAAGAGUGGUUACUGAAACUUCGAAGGGAGCGGUCAAUAGGAUUUAGUAACAUAUACUAACAAAGUCACAGAAUUCAACCACAUCAUUUUGUUUGCACCUUUCUUUUCCAACCUUGUGGCCACAACUACAGUAAUGGCUAAAAAUACCAGAAAACAAAAAUCAAGAAAAUCCUUUUCCAGAGUUGAUAAUUGGUCUGUCAUUUCCUCGCUAGGGCUAUGGUAAUGCAACACGGCAGACUUGGUUGGAAAGUUCAUCAUGUCUGUAGAUACAAACAGCUCAUUCUAAGAUAAUGGAGAACACAGUAAUUAUACAGUUUUACACUUCUGGAAAUGUUAUGGAAAUUCAGUAGCAUUUCUCAACCUUAAAUCAUACAAAGUGGAACUAAUUAACUUUGUCAUUUAAAUGAGCUAUUCCAACACAAUAAACUCAGUAACAAGUCAGCAGAACCCACUUGUUCUAGUGUUUUCAUAUAUUAACAGUAUAGAGCAACAUUUAAUGUUUCUAUUAUUUUGACACUCUGCCUAUACUGUUCAUUGCCUUUUAUAUUCAUAUUGGAUGUACAAAAUCUCUUAUUUUCAGCAACAAACCAUCACUUAAUACAUCUCUGAGUCAGUGUUAGAUAAAGCCUUCUGACCUCUCACCUCUAUGCUAAGGCAAUGUUUUGUGUUUGGCAUGUAGCUGGGAUUUCUUUUCCUUAUUAUUAAAUGAUUUGUACUGCCUUAUCAUUUUAGAGUAAAUAAUGAAAGUUUUACUCCCAUUUCUACAGGCAGCAACAUGUGAGUUGUUUCAUAUUAAUGACCAGAAGAGUAUUUAACACUCAACAUUUUUAGCUUAACCAGCUUCACUUCAUAUAGUUUAUAAACUGCCAUAAUGACCACUGUAGGUGCAUGCUGGCUUGUUAGUCUAAAGAUACACCAAAGUUUUAAUUUUUGUUCAUUUAAUGGACAUAUAUAGAUACGCAGACUAGAAACCAGCAAGACUUGUUCUGAUAUCUGUUUAUACUGCCAAGUUUUAGCUCUAUUUAGACACUUUUUCCUUCCUCAAGUGUUACUAACUUAUAGGUUUAAAAAUCUUUUAACCAAUUUUUAUAAAUUGUCACAAGUAGUUUUGUGGUACUCUAUAUACCUCCCAGUUAGUAGUACAGAAUCAAAUUUUUUUAAUUGGUAUUAAUUUUAUUGUAGCCACUUACUGUUUGUAGCUGAUAAGGAGAUGCUUUAAAGAUCUGGUGUAACCCUCACAUUGUUAAAUGUGAUGUAAUGUUAUGGAUUUGUGUAAACUUGGUAUAGUAAGUUGGUUAUUUUGUUUGUACAUGAUUUUGUCAUUAUGGACAGAAAAUGGAAAAUUCCAAUGUUUCAUAUUUGCAGAAAACAUGUAGAUCUUUGAGAUGAAUUUUGAUAUUAAUGUGUGUUUUCCAAAAA